AUGGCCAUCGACCUUCCUCAAAUCAAAACUUGGAUUGAGAGUGGAAAGAAAGCGAGUAUUAUCAAAGCGCUUGAAAACCUUCAGGCUUACAUGUUGCAACAACAAUCGGAUCACUUUGUUGCAAAGGAGAGAGUGAGAGAAAUUUCUCGACAAAUUCCGAUCCACAGUUUUUUACCUUGUUUUGAUACGAAAUCUUUGGAGCAAUUACAAUUGGCUGUUACUGUCUUUGGAAAGAUUUUGGAUGAGGAGGAUAUUGAUUCUGCUUUGCGGAAUGAUCCGAUGGUUUUGCAGUUUCUAGAUCUCGGCUAUAAGCAUCCAUUCGAAAUUGUCAGAAGACUCACGAUCAAUCAGUUGGCAAAAUGUUCUACGGAUACAUUAUUUAGUAGACCUGAGUUGUUUUUUACGAUUUUAUAUUCCGGAAUGAUUGACUCGGAAAUAUCGGUGCAAAAGAUCGCUCAUAAAAUUAUUUUAACAGUUGCAUCACAACCAGAAGGUCUUAGGAAAUUAUUUGAAGAUUAUCGUAGCUAUUUAAUUGGACCAUUGAUUCAGUACUUAACACACGAAAAGAAGGAUGAUAUUAUCAAAUUCAGAGUGCAUGAAUUACUGGCCUCAACGAGUGCAAUUUCUAAUGAGGCAUUUGAGAUUGUAGAGAAGAACGAUAUUUUCAAACUCUUUGCGGAGGACUUGAAGAGAUCUAAAGAUGAUAUACUCUCUCUGUUAAACUUGUUAGAAAUAUUUAAGCACUAUUGCGUUUCCAGUUACAACAAAUUAGGAGCAGUGUCCCUGAAGAAAUAUGGCUCCUUUGAUUUGCUGAUGAAGAUACUAACAGAAAAUCAAAAUGAUCCCCUGACAUACUCCUUUAUUUUGAACUUGAUUGCUGAUCUAUCGGAUGCCUCCGAGGAUUUAUUCGAUGUACCUCUACCAAAUUCUGUCAUUGAAAAGAUUUUCAAUGAGGACUUAUCGAACACUCAUGUCAGAGAGUCACAAAUUGUAGCCAUAUCAGUGAUUGGAGCAUUAUGUAAAUCAUCUCUUAAGAAUCUUCAGCAAAUAUUGCUUAGCAGUCAUGAAAGAUGUGUACAAUUCCUUUGCUUUUUUGUUGAAUCGAUCAAUGAUCAAAUCGCUCAAUCAUUUUAUCACUCAUUGGGAUCAAUUUUAGAAUCUUCAAGAAUAGACGACGAAAGUGCUGAAAAGUUGGUUUCCAUUCUGGAUAGUAUUCUUAAAAAGAGAAGAGAGACAUCCAUUACACAACCUUCAACAAGUUAUAUUAUGAACUAUGCCAUGUACAAUUUGAAAGCUCCUUUUCCUGACAUUAGGUGUGCUGUUUAUCAUUUACUGAAGGGAUUGGGAUCGAGAUUCAACAUUGUCAAAGAGCACAUCAACGUUUAUCCUGCAUUUUUCGAUUACAUCACCAACAGAAGUACAGAGCCCAACAAGGAAACCAAAGAAUGGAAAUUCAGUGUGGUGGAGACAUUGUACAACACUCUUCAUAGACAUCCCCAUGGCUCUGUUAUUGACUCUAAACACAUGAUUGACCUUAAAACCUAUGUUAUCAGAGGUGCUUACGUGGGUGACAAGGUUGAAGCACAAGUUGCCGUGCAAAGUGAAGUCCUGUAA